AUGUGUUCUCAAAGGUCAUUCAAGCUAUCGAGAGCCAGGAGGCAUCUGCUGUGCAGCAAGCGCCCUGUAACAAUGCCGUUCGCUUCACUGACACCAGCGAUCCGAUGCGGAAGGACGCCGCAGAUGUCGAAGAUGCUACGCAAGCUGAGCGAGGUCAUCAUAAAUCAGGAGAACCAGUUGAACUUGUCGAGCAUGGAUCUCACCGACGAGGAGGCUGAGGUGCUGGCUCAGGCAGUGCGUGGAUUGCUCAACAUCAGUGAUAUACGAGUCAUCGACCUCCGCAACAACAAGAUUAGCGUCAGUGGCCUCGAGGCUUUGGCCAAAGCUUUGUCGAAGCAUGCCACGGUGCAAGAACUGUAUAUCGUUUCCGAUGAUAUCCAGGGCGGAAAUGAGAAGGAGGUUAACAAAUCGCUUCUUGCGCUGAUGCGCAAAUGGGGUAGGGCCCUUCAUCAUCAGGAGACAACGCUGAGCAGUGUGCUCAAGGAGGUUUUUGCAACCGCAAUAAAGAAGGAGACGCUCCUAGACUUGAAGAAGAUGCACCUCAACGACAAGGAUGUUGAGGAGCUGGCCCCGCUGUUGCCCAGAGUGCUCCAGUGCAAAGUACAGGUCAUCGACCUACGCAAUAACGACAUGGGCCUCGACGGCUUCAAGGCUUUGGCCAAAGCGUCAGUGAAUGAUGAGUUGCUUAAAGGGCUCCUUAUCUUCAGCUCGGAUAGCCAGGGCAACCAAGAGGAGAAAGAAGCGCUCCUGGCACUGAUGCGCAAAUGGGGCGCAGUCCUUCAGUCUCAGGACAGACUUAAGCAGGAGGAGACGAAGCUGAACAAAGUCUUCUCGAAGGUUUUUGAAGCCACAAUGAAGAAGGCGGAGGUUUUGGACCUGUCAAAGAUGGGGCUCAGCAAUGUCGAGGCUCAGGCCUUGGCUGAGGGAGUGCUUGGACUGCUCAAGAUCAGCAAUGUGCAAUUCAUCGACCUCCGCAGCAGCGAGAUUGGCCUCUACGGCUUCGAGGCGCUGGCCAAGGCUUUUUCCAUGAACUUCACCCUGAAAAGGCUGAAAAUCUUCAGCCCAGAUGGUGAGGGCAACGAAGAGGCGAGCGGCGUGCUGCUGAACUUCAUGCGCCAGUGCGGCACAGCGUUGCUGAAUCAGGACAGAUUUAAGUUGGGCAAUAUCUGCCUGGACGUUAUGAAAGCCCUAGAGGGCCAGGAGCAAAAUGGAAAGGUGUUGAAAGCGCUGCAAAUGCUUGGCAAAGCCAUUGCACACCAGGAGAAGACCUUAAGUUUGAAUGCAAUGAAGCUCGAUUUGGAGGAGACCAAGGCCGUGGUUGAAGCCAUGUAUCUCCAUUUGACAUUGGAGGAACUUUGGCUGCGUGGCUGCGGGCUUGGCGACGAGGGGGUCAAGGCCGUGGCAAAAGCGCUGGAGAGGAAGUCGGCGCUGCGGCGACUGGACGUUGAUGAGAACGGCAUCGGUGAUGAGGGCACCGAGGCCUUGGUGAACGCCUUGGAGGUGAACACGACCCUGGAGAUGCUCUACAUCGGUCGGAACAGAGGCAUCAGCGCUCAGGGCCGUCAGGAGUUGGAAAUGGUGCGAAAGAAGAAAUUGGCGCAUGGUCAGGAUUUCAGGUGGUUCUAG